UGGAGAAAAGGGGUAUCAUUAUAUGCCUCAGUCUCGAGACACCAUUGCUUAUAGCUCUCCGCCGUUUGUGACAAGCCGCCAAAUCUUCAAUCCCACACACCUCGCCUCCAGCGCUAGAUGGAGCGAUAAAUCCAGGAAGUUCAUCCAUCUGACUAUGAUACACGAGUCCGAACAUGACCUGCAAACAUACCCCGAGGCAGUUCCUAUGUCAUGGAGAGUAAAGGCACCGAGAAAUUCCAUAAACACAAAACCAUGCUAACCUAUCA